CUUCCAGUGGAAGCAGACGCUAAACUACAUAAGGUUUCAAUAACAAAAGAAUGAGAAACACCCACAAACAAAUUGUCAAACGCCCCCCUCUCCUCCCUACCAGUAUUGGAGCGCAAGCCGGCUGGUUUUACUUGAUGCUCUUGCCGGUCUCUUGUCUCCAGCGCAAUGCUCGCUAUGCUACUCGUGGUCCAGAAUAACAGCAGGUUGGGCCGCCUUCUUUCAACGCUCUACGUCACAUUCAGCUUCCUAGUAAGCGAAUUCAAAUAGAAUACAGCCCCAUCUUCCCGCAACACUGACAAGGUCAGCGACCAAGGACCACAUACCACAUUUGGGGAUAGACCGCGCCUAUAUUCGCAAAAGUAAACAGUGAGCGCUGAGAGCCAGCUGGGUCAGAGAUGCCACCCCCUGCCGCAGGCCCCCCAGCAGUGACCCCUCCGGACGGGGGCUGGGGCUGGGCCGUGGUCCUGGGAUCCUUCAUCUCCAUCGGCUUCUCCUACGCCUUCCCCAAGGCCAUCACCGUCUACUUCAAGGACAUCCAGAAGAUCUUUGAUUGCUCCUACAGCCAGAUAGCAUGGAUCUCCUCCAUCAUGCUGGCCGUCAUGUACGCAGGCGGUCCCAUAAGCAGUGUACUGGUAAACACAUAUGGCUGCAGACCUGUCAUGAUCAUGGGGGGAGUACUGUCUUCUAUCGGGUUGAUAUCCGCUUCCUUCUGCAACAGCGUGGUGGAGCUUUAUGUUUGCAUCGGUCUUAUAGGAGGCCUGGGCCUAGCCUUUAACCUUCAGCCAGCCCUGACUAUGAUUGGCAAGUACUUCUAUAAGAAGCGUCCCAUCGCUAACGGAAUAGCCAUGGCCGGUAGCCCAGUGUUCCUGAGCAGCCUAGCCCCUUUCAACCAGUACCUGUUCAACUCCUUCGGCUGGAGGGGCAGCUUCCUCAUCCUGGGGGGCAUACUGCUCAAUUGCUGUGUGGCUGGUGCCCUGAUGAGGCCCCUGGGGCCACCGCUGGGCAAAAUCAAGAAGGAUGAGGAGUUGGUCGUUGCCAAAACCGCCACCAAGAAGAAGGAGACGACCACUUGUUUGGGGACUGUCAACAAGUUCAUUGACCUGUCGCUUUUCAAGCACCGCGGUUUCCUCAUCUAUCUGUCGGGCAACGUCAUCAUGUUCUUGGGCUUUUUCUCGCCAAUCGUCUUCCUGACGGCCUAUGCCAAGGACAUAGGCGUGGACGAGUACUCGGCCGCCUUCCUGCUCUCCAUCCUGGCCUUCGUGGACAUGUUUGCUCGGCCCUCCAUGGGGCUCCUGGCCAACUCCAAGUGGAUCCGGCCCAGAAUCCAGUACUUCUUCAGCUUCGCCGUGCUCUACAACGGGGUGUGCCACAUCCUCUGCCCCCUGGUGGAGAGCUACACAGGCCUGGUGGUGUAUGCCGUGUUUUUUGGCUUUGCGUUCGGCAUGGUCAGCUCGGUGCUGUUUGAGACCCUGAUGGACCUGGUGGGGGCUCAGAGGUUCUCCAGCGCCGUGGGGCUCACCACCAUUGUGGAGUGCUGCCCUGUCCUCAUUGGUCCACCCCUGGCAGGUAAACUGGUGGACAUCACCAAAAACUACAAGUACAUGUAUUUCUGCUGUGGGGCUGUGGUGAUCAUGGCCAGUAUUUGGCUGUUCAUCGGCAACUUCAUCAACUACAGACUCCUGGCCAAGGAGCGCAAGCAGGAGGAGAUGUACAAACGGACUGAAACCGAGGACCCCGACCGGGACCAGGACCAAAAGGAGACAGACGGGGACGCCCAGGCCUUGGAGGACAUGGUAGACCCCAAAGAUGAGGACGCCAUGCAGAGGGAGACCAACAUCUAGAGCCCCUCCCCUACUGCCAACCACACCCCCCUCCACCACCACCCUCACGUCCCCCUCUGCCACUAUCAAACUGCAGACUGAUCUGAAGUGGGGUGCCUCCUGGUCUUUCACUCUCCAGGGUACUGCUCAGGGGCCUCCCCGCAGGGGCCUCUUUGUUUCAGAGACACUCAAACUGCCAAAGUAACAACGACAACCAUGUCGUGGGAUACUGCGAGGCGUAUUGCUGGAGGAAGGGGUGACUGCCCUGACUACUACUCAGACAUCAGACUAGCCGGAGAUAAUGGUGUAAGAUACAGAACGCAUGUUAGGAGGCCACAAGGCUUGGAAUAUGAGAAAGAAGCUUUUGUCGCGUAUCUAGGAAUCUGUGCGACCUGUUGACAGAAAUCUAGUACUGCUCAUGUAUUUAGCCUGUGCCACUAAACCUACCACACCAGCAACCCAAUUCAACUGUUCUGAUUGAAAUCAAUACAGAUUAAUAUCCCAGCUUCCUAUGCUGGGAGCUGACAUGCGAGGACACAUAAUGUCUGUUAGUACCAGGGUUAUGGUGAGAGACAGAUAUCGUUGCAACACAGGAACAGAGAUGAGUUCAUGGUUUGGUGGCUCCAGUGACCAUGUAUUAUACUGUCCUUUAGCGCACUGUGUCAGUUGUGUUCGUUAGCUAAACCUGCACAACUGCCAAGCUUCUAAUCUAACGAUAACACACCCGCUGUUUUAUUCACUAUUGCAUAUUGCACAUGGAGUCCGUAUACGCUGCACUACUUCUAAACUGGCCAUGUUUAGGCCUCAUCCAAAACAACAAUGAAACAAAUGCAAUUUAGUCAUAUUUAAUGAGGUUGAAUGUAAAUUAGUUUUAUUGGCUGUAUUUUCAAUGGCCUUAUUAAGAAUACUUGAUAUUCACAAUCAAAAUCAUCUAGAAAUGUGCAUAUUGCUGGUUUAUACCAAAUAAAGAAUCCAUGAGCAAUAUAACCUAUUCCUAGCCAUUGUUUUGAUGUACGUAUAAACAGGGAUAUUCAUUUGUGUAGUCAAUGGUCAUUUCUGGGAGUAGCUGUUUAACUUUCCCCAAUGAUACAUUGCCUUAUGUAAAGAAUGCAUCUAAGUUGUGUCAUAUAUACAGUACCAGUCAAAAGCUACUCAUUCAACUGUUUUUCUUUAUUUUUACUAUUUUCUACAUUGUAGAAUAAGAGUGAAGACAUCAAAACGAUGAAAUAACACAUGGAAUCAUGUAGUAACCAAAAGAAGGUUUCUGUUACUUGAACUCUGUGAAGCAUUUAUUUGGGCUGCAAUUUCUGAGGCUGGUAACUCCAAUCAACUUAUCCUCUACAGCAGAGGUAACUCUGCGUCUUCCUUUCCUGGGGCGGUCCUCAUGAGAGACAGUUUCAUCAUAGCGCUUGAUGGUUUUUGCGACUGCACUUGAAGAAAAUUUUCUGAAUUGACUGACCUUCAUGUCUUAAAAUAAUGAUGGAUUGUCAUUUCUCUUUUCCUCUUUCAGCUGUUCUUGCCAUAAUAUGGACUCGGUCUUUUACCAAAUAGGGAUAUCUUCUGUAUACCACCCCUACCUUGUGACAACACAACUGAUUGGCUUAAAAGCAUUAAGAAGGAAAUAAAUUCCACAAAUUAACUUUUAACAAGGCGCACCUGUUAAUUUAAAUGCAUUCCAGGUGACCUCAUGAAGCUGGUUGAGAGAAUGCCAAGCGUGUGCAAAGCUGUCAUUAAGUCAAAGGGUGGCUACUUUGAAGAACCUCAAAUAUAAAGUAUAUUUAGAUUUGUUAAAACACUUUUUUGGUGUGUUAUUUCAUAAUUUUGAUGUUUUCACUAUUAUUCUACAAUGUAGGAAAUAUUAAAAAUAUAGAGAAACCCUAUAAUGAGUAGGUGUGUACAAACUUUUGACUGGUACUGUGUGUAUAUAUAUAUAUAUAUAUAUAUAUAUAAAUAUAUAUAUAUUAGAAAGUAUUUAUUGAAGUGUUAUAGAAAUUACCAAAUUAACAUGCCUAUUGUGAAACGGUUAAACAGCUUCUUAUGUGACCUUAAUUUUCAAGUACAGUAUUUCUUCCUUUCAACUCUAACUCUCUUAAAUGACUUUUGUGGGAAGUUGUAGUAAGCUUAAUGUUUGCUUGAAGAAUUUUGUCAGCAAUUUCUAUUAACAUAAUAAUGAACAUCGUUUAACCAACUAUGUACAGUACCAUAUGUACACAAUUCAAAGUAUAGCUUCACUUAAUUAAUAAUAUCUGUUUCAUUGCACCACAAACGUUAUACAUGUUAAUAUGAUUUAAUAUAUGUUUAAUAAUAAUUUGUACAAAUAAUAUGCAAAUAAUGACCUAAAUUAACAAUAAUUAACUAAAUGAUGUUAUAUGCUAUAUAUUUUAAUGUGCAAUAUACCAUAACAUUGUUUGACAUUGAUUCUAAAUCCUCCAUUGGCUGGAUGCCAUCCACAGAGGUGAUUAUUCAUAUUUUCUUUUAGAAUUCUUAACAUCCAUCACUUCUUGUGUUCUGGUCAAAUAGCUCAACACAGCUUGAAACAGACUUAUGCACCUGUUAGAUUGCGGUAGUUUGCUUACCGUCCCAAUUUGUGUGUAGCCUACCAGCAUUUUAUAUUUAUAUAUUUUUUAAUAGAUAUAUCAUUCUGAUUAUGUGAUUUCUGGUCGUUUUUAGAUUGACUGUGGGCUGUAUUACAUUGGCAAGUGUCUACUUUUUGCAUGCAGCUGCAGGGUCUCGAUUCCCAGUCACUGACAACAGGGGUCAGUAUGCAGUAGUUCAGGAUGAAUGAACUGUACAAUCACUUUUAUAUAUCAAAUAGCACUGCCCCCUACUGGUUUCAAUAGACCUAGACCAAAUGUUACAAUCUGAGCUGCCCUCAAAUCGCAAAACGACACAUUGUUCUCAGUGGCUGCUCUUGUGUGAUGUCAAAAGAUAAGAAAUUCCCAGAUGAAAUACGUUUUUAAAAAUAAAAGUUCUCUUUAGUUUCGAUUUUCUGUAUUUUAAGUUUGAAGUUUAAAAAAACGUUUUUUUUUAUGGCCAUUGAAUAUAUUUUCUUUGUACUUUUAUUUCCCUUCUAUAGCUUCAACAGGUGUGUAUAUACUAGUAUUUCACAGGGUGUAAAUUAAUGGUAGAUUGACUUAAUAAACACACUGCAUUCAUGUGCUGCUGUGGCAAAGCCAUUUUGUAGGCAAUUAUGUUUGUUCUGGAGCAAAAUCAUGUUUGUUUAUUUUCAACCAUGUGUAGUAUGUGUAUGAUUUGAGUCUGUGUUUUGUAUAAUCAGAGGCAUUAUUUCUAAAAUAAUAAAAUAAAAUCAUAGUAUUGCUUUUCCCUUUAGUUACCAUAUCAAUUGCUUAUUGUCAUUCCGUAGACAAUGUGGAUGAGCAAAACGGCAAAAUGUGUUGUGCCGUUUUUGGAAUGAUUUAACUUCAGUAUUCAACUGUUUCUUUCCUUUUCUUAUAAGUUAUAUUCUGUUUUUAUUGUGAAGGAAACAUAAUCAAACAAGGUUGUAACACUGACUUAUAUAGUCUUUUCUUUAUUCCAAUGCAACGCAGUAUAAUGACCAGGCUGUAACUUUGAUUUGUGCCACAAUUAAGUAUAAUAUAUCAAAUUAAAAUUAUACUUCAUUAUACUCUUUAUAUACAAUGAAUCUACAGUAUUCAGAUUGUUCUGUACAUAGUAAUGUGAAGGCAAUGUGAUGUGUUUUUAAAUGUGUCAUGCUGAAAUUAUUUGCAUAUUAUUUAAGGACCAAAAGGAAAUUGUUUAAAUUUGGGUCAAUCGAAUAACCAUUAUGCACCAUUAGCCUUAUCAAAUACACUUGGCUCCUAUGUAUGAAGGAUUCUGUAUUAUAAUGUUGUAUUUUGGGCAUGUUUGGUAUGUCUGUGGGGUUAUCAUAAUACCAACACUUUUUGGUUUAAUCUGAACAAAAAUGCUAAGCCAAAAUAGGUAUGUAUGGAAACAGAUGGUCAAACAGCAUCUAAUACAUCACAAGGAAUUUCAAAGAAUGUCUAUACUUUUUCUUUCUGUUAAUGCGUUUUCUGUUUUUUUCUCUUACACACGUUUAUUAUCCUAUUGUAGCUAAUGAAAAUGUUUCCUACUAGGAUAAGGCUGUAACUCUAGUAAUGAUGCAUUGAUUUGCUGACUGUGGACAUAAUGUAAUUGACUCGGGUUGUGUCAUAGCGUAAUGGAAAUUGUUUUUGGAAGAAAAACAAUCCUCUUCUGAUUAAUUCACAGCUUAGACUGUAUCUCAAUUAUGACUCAUACAGGACUUGUGACAAAACACUUUAAUUGUCAUUCUUUUUUAAUCAGAAGGGCUGAAAAACACUUAGCAGCUUAAUCGCGCAAAGGACAGUGUUGGUGUGUUAAGGAAAACACUCUAUAAGUAUGAAAAUACAUAUUUAGCCGCAAUACAUUUUUAUUUCACACAUCUGUUUUCACAGAUGGAUCUGGAUAUCAACAUGGGGAUUAAAAACUUAAAGGAACCGCAGAUGAUUUGCAGUUGCAGAAAUGUCUUGCUGUACUAGGAGGCUAAAGCUGUCAUUCAUUUCACACUAUUGAAAAGGUAUUGUCAGUAAAUGUUUAAGUUAACAAGUUACUGUGCCUUAUUAGACCCUGCUGAAUAUUGUGUUUAAAUAUUAUCCAUUCAUAAGCAAGUAAGGGUUUGCCUAUAAACAACCUUGUUUAAUUGGUGUUGACACUGCAUUUUGUGAGAGAGUCAACUAUGACAGUAUUUUUGGGGGGAAUUUGUGUAAUUUUUUUCUCAGUUUGCUCUUUGAUGUUUACAAAUCCUAUUCCAUCAUCUGAUCUCAUGUGAGUAAUUCAUUUGGACAUCUGAAUGUGACAUUUAUUUUUCCUUUUCAGUCUUCCACAGUUGUUAUAUUCAGCACAUUUUGAGAACAUACCCUUGGAUUGAUGUGGGGAGGGAACCCAGCCACAGUGACAAACAAAAAGCCUAACCUUUCAGUACCUGUAUGUCUGCCUUACAUCAGAACACACAGAAGUCAAUGGGCAUAACACCUUGACGAUAACGACUCUUAAACGUGAAUCUAAAAAGGUCAUGUUUUCAACUACGUUGGUUGUAUGUAUAACAACACACACGUUACCAUACUAGUCUAAGGAUGCAAACGCGCAGGAAGGUUUAAUGCACCGAUUCUGAGGGAAUGAUGUAUAUGAAAUGGUUUUGUGUGCCCACUUCAACGUUCUCAUUUAAUGAGUAGAAACAUGAGCUCCAGUCAGUAGCUGAGUCCCAGUGUUGUAAUUGAAUAGACAAUCAUACUAUAUGUCAGAUUGUGUCAGUAAUUCCACUACCUCUGCAAUUGUCAUUUUGAAAGCAAGUAUAAGUGUCACACGGGUUACGCAGACGACCAAUUACAUGUUUGUAAUUGUAAUAUAAAGAAGUUGCAUCACGAUAGUCCAAUAAAAGAUCAUGCGAACACA